AUGGUGUUCCAAGAGGAUAGACUAGUCAAUGAUGAUGAUAAGGCUAGUAUGACCUACAAAUGCAUGGCAGAGAUGCAAUAUAUGAUCAUGGAUCCUAAAGUCCAACUAAGGGCUGAUCUGGAGAUUAACAAUAGCAGUGCAGAAAGAGGGAAGGAGGAGUGGAGGGGGACAAGUUUAAGUGGGGAACAGGGUGAGUGGGGAGCGGAGAAGGAGGAGGGAAAAGAGGAAGUGGGAGGAGCGGCGGCAAGGGCUACUGAAGUAAUAAGACGCCAAUCAAAGUUUAGAGAAGCUUCUAGUGAAAGUUUGGCAAAGCUUAAAAAUGCAGAAACAAGAUUGUCGGAGCUCAAAUCUUCGGUGUUGAUUCUUGGCAAAGAAGCAACUGAUGCCAUGUUAUCUGUAGAGGAGGAGCAGCAGCAGAUUACUUUCCAAAAGCUUCGUACCAUGGUCGAUGCUGAAAGAUCUUAUCAUCAGAAUGUUGUGUCUAUUUUGGAGAAGUUGCAUUCUGAGAUGCUUGAAGAAGAGCAAUUAAAUGAGUCAUCUCCACAAUCUUCAAAUUCACCAAGAGUUUUGCAUGAUACAACUUCAAAUGGAACUGAGCAUCCAGAAGCUGAGGAUAAAUGUUACAUCCCGUAUUUUUGA